AUGUACUUCUCCAAUUCACUCAAAGCCAUCACCCUCUUACUAGCUACAUCAGCUUUAGCGCAAGACGAUAGUAACAACGAUGGGGAGAGCGAUAGAGAUUCUGGAAAUACAAGUGUAGUUUCAUCAACUGGAUCAACAACUUCAACUUCAGCUUCAACAUCAACGAGUUCCGCUACCACUUCUGAAGUAGCAAGUACCAAUACGAGUGCGAUCAGUAGUAGUUCAAUCUCAACUGCCAGUUCGACGACAAGUUCCACGGGAGCUUCUGAGACUUCUUCGACAGUCUCAUUGAAGCUGGCUAAGAAAUAUGUUGGAGAGGACUUCAUGAAUGAUUUUGAUUACUUCACGGAUGAUGAUCCGACCUCAGGUUACGUCAACUACGUCUCGAAAUCGGAUGCCCAGAAAUCAGGUUUGAUAGAUGUACAAGCCAAUAAUGUCUUUUACAUGGCUGCCGAUUCUACCAACGUACCUACCGGAAGAGGAAGGGAUAGUAUUAGGAUUAGCAGUAAAAGCAAAUAUGCCGAUGGUGUUUAUAUCUUGGAUCUCAAUCAUAUGCCAGUAGGAUGUGGGACAUGGCCGGCAUGGUGGACAGUGACCAAAUCCGGAUGGCCCAAGGGCGGAGAGAUCGAUAUAUUAGAAGGUGCCAAUGGACUUCCCUUAUCUGGUUCAGCAGCAUACAACGCCACUACGGGCUUAUCGACCAACCCCGACCCAAUGAUAUACAACGCCGCUGCCUUGCACACUUCUGAUACUUGUACGCUGAACGGUCAGACUUAUAUGGAUGGUCAGAUUGGCGAAUGGCAAUGUUCGGCUUAUUUUUCUGGAAAUACCGGAUGUGGAGUCAAGAUGACCGGUGUGACUAAUGGGUCGUACGGUGGUCCGGUUAAUGGAGUGGGUGGUGGAUGGUAUGCAAUGUGGAGAGACCUAGAGAACUCGGGUGGUAUCUACGUUUGGUUCUGGCCUCGAAAUUCCCAAACUGUUCCAGACGAUGUCAAGAAUUCCAACACGGCUACGACUAACGUUGCUAAUUGGGGUAUCCCCAAUGCCAAUAUGACUGUCCCAUGUCGAGAUAACUUCAACAACCAUGUGAUUGUCUUCGAUUUGACCUUCUGUGGUGACUAUGCUGGAGCAACAUACACCUCGUCAGGAUGUCCCGGAACAUGUGCCACUUUCGUUCGAUCCAAUCCCGCUGCAUACUCUGAAGCAUAUUGGUCAUUGAACUCUUUGAGAGUAUACACAGCAAGUGGUAAAGCUGCUUCUGGAGCUGGAUUGAGUGGAGGUGCUAUAGCGGGUAUAGUAGUCGGUGCAGUAGCAGCUUUGGUAAUUGCUGUUCUAGUAUAUCUUAGGUUCAAGAAAACCAGAAAGAAUAGACAACUGGUUGAAGAAGCUACUCUAACUGAAGAACCAAUCCCGCCAACAGCCAAGGGGCCAUACGCUUUCUUAGCAUCGAGAAAACCACGAGUCGGACCUACCAAACUUGCACCUGGACGUACUGCCCAACAUUUCCUGCAUGGUGAAACUCCCACUGCAGUAUACGGUAGAACACCCGUAGGAAGUGAUUCGGAUAUCAAAUUGGCUGAAGCUACCUAUAGACCACAUGGUGGUAAUUCAAGUUGGAUAGGAUAG